AUGUGCGAAUCCAAUUGCAACAACAAUCUUUGCGCUGUACUACACGGCAAAGAUGAUAUUCGUAUGGAACAACGAGAGGUGCCGAAACCGAAACCGAAUCAAUUACUCAUCAAGAUUCAUACAGUUGGUAUAUGUGGCACGGAUGUACACUAUUGGAAGCAUGCAAAAAUCGGCGAAUUCACCGUUACUAAGCCUAUGGUACUCGGACAUGAGUCCAGUGGCACUGUGGCGGCCGUCGGCUCUGACGUUAAAGGUUUCAGCAUUGGUAAGUGUGUAUCUUUCGUAGACAUUCACUUUUAG